AUGGAUCCCGGAUCCAAUGGCACGGCCACGGGUAGCAGCAGGAACAUCCUGUUCAACAAGUACGAGAUAGGGAAGAUUCUGGGACAGGGGAACUUCGCUAAAGUUUACCACGGGAGAAACCUCAGCACAAACGACAGCGUGGCCAUCAAGGUCAUAAAAAAGGAGAGGCUCCAGAAGGAGAAGCUGGUCAAACAGAUAAAACGCGAGGUUUCCGUCAUGCGCUUGGUGCGUCACCCCCACAUCGUGGAGCUCAAGGAGGUGAUGGCAAACAAAGCCAAAAUUUUCAUGGUCGUCGAAUACGUCAAGGGAGGGGAACUCUUCGCCAAGGUGGCCAAGGGAAAGAUGAAGGAAGACGUUGCCCGAAAGUAUUUUCAACAGCUCAUCAGCGCCGUCGACUUCUGCCACAGCCGCGGCGUCACUCACCGUGAUCUGAAGCCGGAGAAUCUGCUCCUCGACGAGAACGAAGACCUUAAAGUCACCGACUUCGGCUUGUCGGCGCUGCCGGACCAGCGUAGAUCCGACGGGAUGCUCGUGACGCCGUGCGGCACGCCGGCCUACGUGGCGCCGGAGGUUCUGAAAAAGAAGGGCUACGAUGGGUCGAAGGCUGAUAUUUGGUCGUGUGGGGUGAUUCUCUUCGCUCUUCUUUCUGGGUAUUUACCCUUUCAGGGUGAGAAUGUUAUGAGGAUUUACAGCAAGUCUUUCAAAGCUGAUUAUGCAUUCCCGGAGUGGAUUUCCCCUGGGGCCAAACGCUUGAUCUCUAAUUUGUUGGUUGUCGACCCACUGAAGAGGUAUUCCAUCCCUGACAUCAUGAAGGAUCCUUGGUUCCAAAUUGGGUUCAUGCGGCCCAUUGCCUUUUCAAUGAAGGAGACGGCUCUGGAGGAUAACAUUGACUUCAACGGGGACGAUGCUGUUAGCAGUGGAAAUGUUAGUGGUAACGACGAUGGUAACAGCAGUAACAACGAUGAUGGGGAGCUGGUCGGGGCCAAGCCGGCUCGUCCGUCUUACAAUGCUUUUGAGAUAAUAUCGUCGUUAUCGCACGGGUUUGAUCUGAGGAAUUUGUUUGAGACGAGGAAGCGGUCGCCGUCGAUGUUCAUAUCGAAACACUCGGCAUCGGCGGUGAUGGCGAAGCUGGAGGCGGUGGCGAAGAAGCUGAACUUUAAGGUGACAGGGAAGAAGGAGUCCAUGGUGAGGAUGCAGGGGGCGACGGAAGGGAGGAAGGGGAAGCUGGGAAUGACUGUGGAGGUGUUCGAGGUGGCGCCGGAUGUGGCGGUGGUGGAGUUCUCUAAGUCGGCCGGAGACACGCUUGAAUACAUAAAGCUGUGCGAGGAACAAGUGAGGCCUUCGCUCAAAGACAUCGUCUGGACAUGGCAAGGGGACUCCCACUCCCGCCAGUGA